CUGUCAGUCAUAUGACGUUAGUGUUUCUGCAGGUGCUUGACGCGGUGGUGUGUUGCGUAAUAGGAGCAGAAAAUACACUUAAAGAUGGCUUCAGCUACAGCUACCUAUGGACAGAAGGAGUCCUCAGACCAGAACUUUGACUACAUGUUCAAGAUCCUCAUCAUUGGAAACAGCAGUGUGGGCAAGACCAGCUUCCUGUUCCGCUACGCAGAUGACUCUUUUACGCCCGCCUUCGUCAGCACGGUGGGCAUCGACUUCAAGGUGAAGACCAUCUACAGGAACGACAAGAGGAUCAAGUUACAGAUCUGGGAUACGGCAGGGCAGGAGAGAUACAGGACUAUCACCACGGCUUACUACCGCGGUGCCAUGGGCUUCAUCCUCAUGUAUGACAUCACCAAUGAGGAGUCCUUUAAUGCUGUGCAGGACUGGUCGACCCAGAUUAAGACGUACUCGUGGGACAACGCCCAGGUCCUGCUAGUAGGCAACAAGUGUGACAUGGAGGACGAAAGGGUGGUGGCAGGAGACAGGGGCAGGCAGCUUUCUGAACACAUGGGGUUCGAGUUCUUUGAGGCCAGUGCCAAAGAUAACAUCAAUGUGAAACAGACGUUCGAGCGGCUGGUGGACAUAAUCUGCGAAAAGAUGUCUGAGAGCUUGGAUGCCGCUGACCCGGCAGUUACAGGGGCUAAACAGGGGCCCCAGCUCACCGAGCAGCCCGCACCCCCCCAACAGGACUGUGCAUGCUAAAGCUGAGCGAACCCCCCACACACACCAUCAACUCAUCCUCAGGUCCCCUCACACCUGUUUCCUUUACUCGGGUCCUCACUGGUCUUAAAUUCUCUAUCCAGAGUCUGCCCCAAAUCUUCAUCAUUGUUUACCUUAUUUUCUCAGACUAAUGGUUUUCUGAUAAAAGCCUUUGUUAGAGACGGAUGGAAUUCCAUAUUAAAGUAUGUGUUGUCAUAAAGAGGUCAAUACUUUGGAAACAGAGAUAUUCAAGCCGAGUGCAAAUAUACUGUCUAAGUCCCCUGUCUGUGUGAAAUACAAGAAAACAUAUAUUGGAUUGCAUCAGUCACUGGUAUAACAUAAUUUCCUGUCUCAAAUUUUUGUCCAAUCAGCCUUUUGUUUUAUGUACCUUAUGUUUUGUAUACUGGUACCACUUUCCUUUGUAAAGCUUUUCGCGUAUAAAAAAAACAGUAAGGAAAAUACAAACAAAUUAUAGAGAGGUAAAAAGAAACAGAGACAUUCUUUAUACAGUACCAGUCAAAAGUUUGGACACACCUACUCAUUCCAGGGUUUUUCUUUAUUUUUUACUAUUUUCUACAUUGUAGAAUAAUAGUGAAGACUUAAACUAUGAAAUAACAACUAUGGA